UUCAAGCAGUAUUCUUCAUAUCUACAGCGUCUGUCCAAGGGGUGGUGACAAUAUUGCUCAUCCUCGUGUUUUCGGUCUCAAAAAAAGGAAUACAAAACAUACGUACGAUAUUGGGAGAUUCGUCACUAAGGAGGCAUUGUAUCUCACCAAAAUGAUGGAGAUUGAAUUGCCUAAAUUAAACCCAAGUCAACAGGACAUGGACAUGAUCGACAUCCUGUGGAAGCAGGACAUAGACCUGGGGGCGGGCAGGGAGGUGUUCGACUUCAGCUAUCGGCAGAAGGAGCACGAGCUGCAGAAGCAGCGUGAUCUGGAGGAGGAGAAGAGGCGGCAGAUGCUGCUGGAGCGGGAGAAAGCCCUGCUGGCUCAGCUGCAGCUGGACGAGGAGACUGGCGAGUUCGUCCCCCGCUCGGUGCCCAGCGGACAGCCACAGUCUGCCUCAGACACUCCCUCGGAGGUCAGUCAGAAUGUUGGCUUCACGGUGGAUGGAGACGCCAUGUCCUUCGAUGAGUGCAUGGAGCUGCUAGCACAGACAUUCCCGCUGGUAGAGUCAAGUGAGACUGCUUCCACUUGCUUGGGCACCGCCACACCACCCACAACCAACAGUCAACUCAUCAUGGCUCCUGAGCAGCCACCUCUUGCCCAGACUCCACUGCUACCUGCCACACAGAAAUCAUGGCCAGACUUGGAUCAGGCCUGGAUGGAGUUACUCUCCAUUCCGGAACUACAGCAGUGCCUGAACAUGCAGAUGCCGGAAAUUACAGAACCAAGUGAUUAUUUGAGCACAAAUUCAGCUCCUGAAGACCCAAGCUAUGGCCUCUUCAUGCCUGGACUCACAGACACCGUGGUGACCCAGCCCGAGGUCUGCCCCCCUGAGUUCAUGGGCAACUAUGAGGUCAGCUUUCCCGGCGCUGGCCCAGCCAACCUUCUGAGUCAGAUGUCACUCAAAGCCCCUGACACGGUGGUCAGUGGCAACACAGAUGAAUUCUGUGAGAUGUUUUACCCAGACAUGCUCAACACAGCCAAAGUUAGUGAGACACCCCAUCCUUGCAACACAGUGAGUGGAGUUUGCCAGGUUACAGAAACUCCAGACUGCUCGCCUGUAAAACCUCUAGACAUGCGGGAGCUCUCGUCUGGAGACCCCUUUGAAAUGAGCAAGGGCGAGAUGGCCACGGAAUUCCCAGAUUCGGACUCUGGCUUGUCCUUGGAUGCCAGCCCCAACAUGAGCUCUCCAGAAAAGUCUACAUUUGAGGAUGGCUCUCUUGGCUUCAGCGACUCCGACAUGGACGACACGGACAGCGGCCCAGGAAGUGAGUCGGACUACUCUGAGAUGUUCUCCCUGCCAUUCGAAACAACUAGCCCAUCAGGCACCACAACCAACACCCCAAGAAGCCGACGUCAGGACAGAAACGGCAAGCAUCACAAAACCGAGCCGGCAGAAGCCAGUGGCCACAGCAAGCCACCCUUCAGCAAAGACAAAGCCAAGAGGCGCUCGGAGUCACGGCUGUCUCGCGACGAGCAGCGGGCCAAGACCCUUCGGAUCCCCUUCACCGUGAGCAUGAUCAUCAACCUGCCCGUGGACGACUUCAACGAGUUGAUGUCCAAGCACCAGCUCAACGAGCCCCAGCUGGCCCUGGUCCGUGACAUCCGCCGGCGCGGCAAGAACAAGGUGGCGGCCCAGAAUUGCCGCAAGCGCAAGAUGGAGAACAUAGUGGGGCUAGAGUUCGACCUGGACUCGCUGAAGGAGGAGCGGGAGCGGCUGCAGCGGGAGAAGACGGAGCACAGCAGCAGCCUGCGGCAGAUGAAGCAGCAGCUCAACAGCCUGUACCUGGAGGUGUUCGGCAUGCUGAGAGACGAGCAGGGCAGGCCCUACUCCCCAGCUGACUACUCCCUGCAGCAGACCUCCGACGGUAACGUCUUCCUGGUCCCCAGGGUCAAAAAGACACUCAUCAAGAGUGAUGGUUAGCACUUAUCCCCCCCCCCAAAAAACCAAAUCUCUUCUUUUCCCUUUCUUGCGGUACUGCAUUACUCUAGUUAUGUACUAUGCAAAGAUAACUUUAUAGUUGAAAUUUUGCUUAUGCGUAAAAACACCAAACAGAAAAAAAAUAGCAGAACUAUUAUAUAGUUUUUGCUUAUUUUACUCUUAAUAUUUGUAAUAUCUAUUGUUAUUUUUUACUUCUUUAUAUUUCUCCCUUUAAGAUUCUUUUAUCUGUAUGGUUUGUAAAUACAUUUAUACCUUGUUUGCUAUUGGAAUAUGACUGUACUGUAUAUACCACAUUUUAGUAUGCUAAUAAUUUCGUUGCAAUCACUGGCACUUAAGUCAGUUUUAUAUCUUAAUUUACAGUUCUAUGGCAAUUUUAUCUCUGUGCUUUAUAAAAAAUAAACUAUUCAGUUAAUCAGGC